AUGACAUGCAAAUUAACUUUAGAUGGUCAGCUUCUUGAUUUGCUAAGGGCAUCUCAACUGGUGAAGUUCCUAAUGAUAGUAGGAAGACGUGAGGAAGGGGAUGAGAAGCCUGCCGCAUUGAACAGGGUUAGCGAGGACAUGACUGCUGCAUUUAACAUGGAUGGUGAACACAUGCCUACUGCAGCGAGUGUCGUUGAGGAGAUGAAAGUUGGGGGAUUUGAAUGGGCAGAAGAACCAAAAUAUGGAGAAACAACAACAGGUCCACCAAUGGCUGAAGAGGAAGAGAAGGAACACUUCAUGACUAUUGGGUGCGAUCCUCGUGGAGAUGAGCCAACUGGAGUAGAUGAAGAGUGGAGGUAUUUCAGAAAUAUUGAUGACACCGUUAAUGAUGAACAGACAUUAAAAAAUAUUAAAGUGGAGGUGCAAACAAGGAAGAGGCCAAGGCCUAUUUCAAACUUUGAUACUGAGCGUGUUCCUGAUGAUGAGGCUGCUAUGGUAGAUAAUUAUGAUGUUCCUCACACAACAUAUGACAUAGAGAAUCCAAUUAUUAAGGAAGGAGACAUAUUUGGAGACAAGGAUAAGUUCAUCUUAACUGAGGAAAGGCACCCUAGUUCUCGCCGCCCCGCCUGUUGGCUCUCUAUUUCUCUGCUUGCCUCCGCCGAGUAG